UUAAUGGAGUGGAUAGUUUUGUAACAGAGAAGACAGAGCCGACGACAGAUAACCGUACAUGCUAUUCAAGUAUCAUGGACCAGUAUGAUGACAAGGGGUGGGCUCCUAUCCAUCACGCAGCCUAUCGGAAUUCCUCCAAGUCGGUGGAGCGCUUCGUGACCUCUGGGGCCGAGCAGCUGGAGUUGCCAACCCGGGACAGGCUGAGAUCCACGCCGCUGCUCCUCGCCGUCUCCAGCGCAAGCCUGCAGACCACGGAGGUCCUGGUCAGCCUGGGAGCGGACGUUGCUGCCGUCACUACUCUGAGCCAUGGGGUGGUGGAGGUCAGUGCUUCCAUGCUGCAUGUAGACCUCCUGGAGUAUUUCAUCAGUCUGAAGAACCCCAAGCUGGACGUCUACCAGAGGCUCAUCAAAUUCCUCGAUUCCGACAGCGAUGAGGAGGCGACCAGUGCGGGACAAGCGAUCGUGGCAUUGAGCCGCGGGGGAGAGGGAAAGGAAGCCCACACCUUGCCCUUCAUAGAACGUGGCUUGGUUUCCGUGGCCGUCAAUGUUCUGAAAAAGAAAAACAUCCAGGAAGUGAAGGAGCAGGUCUUAAACAUCUUGAACAAUGUCUUGGAGGAGCCAGGUGUGAAGGAGCAGAUCUUUAACAGUGGGGGUCUCCCUACCUUGACCUCCUUACUCCACAAGGCAUCCCAGAGGGUCUUCCUUGGAACGGUAUUGGUUAUAAAGGAAAUUGCUGUGGAAGAGAAAUACGCUGAAGCCCUUUCUUCCGCCGGCGUGCUGUCUGCUCUGCUGGAGGUGCUACAGCUGGCCAGCGAGAACAUCGCUGAAGGGAAAGAGGAGACCUUUUUUCUCAUCCUGGUGGUGGACAGUUUGUGCUCCAUGGCCCAGGCCAGUGAGAGCUGCCGGAAUGCAAUGGGGAAGCAGAAGGGCUUUUUCUCCCCAUUGGUGGGUCUGCUUGAAGCAGGGAAUCCGAAAAGCCUCCUGAUGGCUCUGUGUAAAGCAGUGUCGAGCAUGGUGGCGCGCCACCCCAGCAACCAGACCGCCUUUCUCAAGGAAAACGGCGAGGUGCCGCUCGUUCAGCUGCUCAAAGUGAAGAGCAGGGAUCUGCAGCUCGGCACUAUCCAAGCCAUUUACAGCCUGGCGGAAGGGAAUGAGCAUGCUCAGAAGCGGGUGUUGGUGAGCGGGGGGGUAAAGCCGCUCAUGCAGCUCCUGACAAAGAGUCGCACCGUGAGUGUGCAGGAGGUCGUCGCAGAAACGCUGUGGGUACUGGCGGGAGAGGACAUAGACAACCAGAGAAGUAUGGCCUCACUGAUAGGUGUGAGCUUGCUGACGGAGUUUCUAUGCUCUCUGUCGGAGCGGCUGCAGUUUAGAGGCCUGGCAGCGAUCAGCGUGUUGGCACAGAGCCCGCGGGUCCUGCACAGCGCCAUGGUGGCCGCCAGCGUUCCCCAGGUACUCGUCCGCCUGCUGCGCUCCGAGAGGGAGGCAAUUGUCCUGGGGGCCGUCAGGGCGCUGCGGCCCAUCUGCCUGGGGGUCUGUUACACCCCACAUCCUGGGAGCCAGAGGUCGGUGGCCGGCUCACGAGGGAUGAACUUCCUGGUGGCUCUCCUGACUCGCUCUCACUCCGAGCUGCUCCGAGGAGAGGUGGCCUGCACUCUCGCCGCUGUUGUGCUGGGCAACAGUGAAACCGCAGCGCUGCUUCGCAGUCACCCAGACUUCAGCUACGGGCAUGUCCUACGACUUCUCUACUCCCUUCGGACCGAGGUGCGCCUGCUCGCUGGCAUCGCCAUAGCGACCUUCGCCUUUAACAGCGUAACCCGGCAGCGGGCGAUCGCAGAGUCUGGGGGGGUGCGCUGGCACAACUUUCAGCCCUUCCUGCGCUGUGCCGACCCACACUACCAGCUCAAUGCAGCCUUCCAGUGUGUGGUUCUGUCUCGAAUUAUCCCUGACAAGCAACCUGCUUCAGCAUGCGCCCUGGCGAUUCAAACCAUCGUGGGCACCCUGGAACACUCUCAAUCCAAACCCAUCCUGGCGCUGGCAGCAGACUGCGUGGGGCGCCUGGCACACACACGAGCUGGAAUCCCGGCUGCGAUCGUCGCCAUCGAUACAGUGUCCCUGCUGUGUGGCCUGCUGUCCAGCUCGGGGGAGCAGGUCCAGGGCUCGGCUGCCAUCGCUUUGGGGUACCUCAGCUUCAACCACCAGGCUGACCGGCAGCUGCUCAAACGGUGCAGAGAAGAACCUCAGUUAGCCAGGACUCUCCUUUACUACACUCACACACAGAGACUAUCCCGCACCUUCCUCGAGGGCUGGAGACACCUGAGAGAGCUGGGGCUGCCUCCUAUCAGAGAAAAAACAACCUUCACGUCUCGCCCAGGGCAGAUCAAAUAUUUUUCAAAAUGCAUUUCCCCACCAGGACAGGGGACAGCCUUUCCACACUCAGAUGAGCUGCAGCGCAGGACAGGCAUCGCAGAGAGCAGCUCAGACGGGCUCUCCCGAUCCUCCGCACAGACACACAGCACCUGGACAUCUCGACGUCUCUCUCCACUGAGACAGCUCGUCACAGCAGAGAAGUAACAAUACUCUCCAGAACACCUGACCAUUCAGCUACAGGAAAUGGAAAAAAAGACUUCCAUUGCAUAGCAUUUUGAGCUUGUCCUUUUACUGCAAGCUUCAUUAGACAACCCUAAUAGCACACCCCAAUGCUGCUUCCAUGAACAUAGCCUUCACAUCUCUCCAAAGCCAAACAUCUCUUUUUUCCCCAAAUCUUGUUCCUCCCACUAAAUGUAAAUGUUAAUGACAGCAAGUGUUUUUCAUUUUCCUGCUCUUGUAAACAUGUUUCUUUGACAUCUGUUAUUGGUAUAAACCUUUCAGAGUUCCUGACAUUCCAUUUAAUUGCCACAUCUUUAUUUCAAGUGUAUUAUUUUUCUAUUCUUAUACCAUGGUGUGGCAGAGCAGGGCUCUGCCCUUGUAAAUAUUGGCAGGGAUGGGAUUAAAUUCUCCUCCCUGCCCAGGUUUAUUGUGUCAGGUGGGAAUAAUUAACAAUCAAUUAGGACCCAGCCACCUGACAUAAAAGGAGGCCUCAGCUCCUCAGCAGAGAGAGGUAGUUGAGGAAGCAAAUGUGGGGGUUUUUGGGUAAUUUUGCAGUCCAGUGAAGGCAAAGCUCAGCCUGGAAGCCUUAUUUCUGUAAGUUUUUACUUUGUGUUUAUUGUUUGUGUUUAAGAACCUUUUCAUUUGGCCCUCGUGCCUGUUUAUUUUGUGUUUUCUAUUUAAUAAAAGUAUUUAGUUUGAACUGCAGUCUGUCUCUGGGCCUCAUCCCUUGCGCCAUCCUGUC